AUUACACUUCCGUUAGCCGUGUGAGUCUCUCCGUGCAGCUUGACAGCUCAUCCUCCGAGGUCACCAGCGCCACAUCGAGUAGCCGAGGAAGAGCUGCGCAUUCCGGCGUCUUUUCCGUCGGUCGGAAGAACCGACCUGGAGGUUAACUUGGAGCAGAGAUAAUGACCUGAAACACGUCUGAGUUGCACAAGAGCUGGCGUACGUGAAGAAAGAAACGUGAAGGUGAAGGCCAACACAAACUGAAGAGAUGCGUGUGAUCAGGGUGGAAGGCGUGUCAGAGUGUGUGUGAGCACAUGGCAUCCCAGCUGCAGUUUGGCCGGCUGCGUGGUCUUCGUGCAAAAGUCCUGCGGCGUUACGAGCACCGGCCUUUAGUGUCAUGUCUGUCUGGUCUGUACGGCUGCCGGUGGAGACGCUAUGAGAGGAGCUGCACUGAGCCGGGAGAAUGUUGCUGCAACAAGCUGGAAGGUGUCAGUUUCGCUCUGCUUGUGGUGGCGUUCUGCUUAACGCUGGUGUUUCUCUACUUCUGGGGACAAGCUAAGAACGACUACAAUGACUUUGACUGGUUUAACUUUGGGAACCUGGGUUUCUGGUUUCCCUGGUCUGUGGUGCUGCUGGUCAUCGCUGCAGCCUUCUUCACCUACGUCACCGUUCUCAUGCUGCUUGCUGUGUGUUUGUUGUCAGAGGGCCAGAAGCUCUAUUUACACUGGAGUCACAAGAUCGGGAUACUGAUGAGCCUGAUCUUCUCCAUCGGAGCCACUGCUGUGUUGUCUGACCUGUGGAGUAAAGAAUGGAUGACUUUACUACUUUCCUUUCAGGUGACGGCACCUUAUUUACAUGUGGGCGGAGUCUUCCUGGCAACGGUGCUGGCUUGGCCAAUAGCGUUGCAUUUCUUUCGCAUGAACAGCAGAGUGAGGCGGGCACUGAUCAUUGGGGUUUACCUGACCAUCCUGUCCGCCCUCUACUUGGUGCCUCUUGGUUUGUAUUCUCCUUGUAUCAAAGAGGACGGGAUCCUGGGCCCUGCACCAACCCUUAUUGGCCACAGAGGAGCACCCAUGCUUGCUCCAGAAAACACAAUGAUGUCAUUUGAGAAGGCUGUGGAAACAGGAAGUGAAGGCCUGGAGACGGAUGUCACUAUUAGCUCUGAUGGGGUUCCCUUCCUGAUGCACGACCACACCCUGCAACGGACCACCAACAUCCAUGAGAUUUUCCCCAACCGGACCAAAGACCCGGCUGCCAUGUUUACCUGGGCCGAGCUGGAGAGCCUGAAUGCCGGGGCCUGGUUUCUCUCUCAUGACCCGUUCGGUACAGCCGGCUCACUGGGGGCAGACGACCGACUGCAGGCGGGGAAACAGUCUGUCUGCAGCCUGCGGGCGUUCCUCCAGCUGGCAGCUCGGAAAGACAAACAGGUGAUCUUUGACCUCUACCGCCCACCCAGAGGUCACCCUUACAGAGAUACCUGGAUGCAACGCACGCUGGAGGUCAUUCAGAACGAGUCCUCCAUCCACUCCUCGCAGGUGCUGUGGCUGCCAUCAGACCUGCGAGCUCUGGUCCAGGAGAUGGAUCCUGAACUCCAGCAGACCUCUGGCAGUCGACUCCCCCUAGAGGAGCUCCAGAGGAACCACAUCGUCAAACUCAACCUGCACUACAGCUCCAUGUCCACUGAGCUUGUCAGUGAGUACGCUGCGGCGAACAUCACCACCAACCUGUAUGUGAUCAGCCAGACGUGGCUCUACUCUCUGGCCUGGUGUAGUGGAGUUCACUCGGUCACCACCAACUCUCCACAGCUCCUCAGCACCAUGAGCGCCCCUCUCUUCCUCAUGAGUACAGAUGAGUAUAACCUGAUGUGGAUUCUCACUGAUCUGGUGUCCCUUGUCAUGAUCCUCAUAAUCUUCAUCUUUCACUGGUGGCGAGAGCGAGGAUUGUCUUUCUGCUCGGGUAGCAAAAUCACAAUGGACAAUGGCACGUAUAGCAAGUUCAAAACAGAGAUGAGUGAUAUAUGGUCAGUCUCCAGUGUGAACUCCCAAGCAGAGAAGAUACUCAACCUGCCGACUGUGACGGAGCACUAAACAUCGUCCUCUGACUGCCUCAUAUUGCCAACCUGUCAGAUCUCUGCAAAAUACUCUGACUAGUGCACUUUGUUUUAAUGAAAUAAAGUGAUGGAAACAUGUC